AUUUUCUCUUUUCAGAUGGAUAAACUGGUUCUGUGCACAUUUUUAUACCCGAUUCUUUUACGAUUAUUGGUCUUGGCACAAUCUCAUGGAAGCGAUUUUACCGAUUCAGCUUUACUACCAGCAGAAAACGAAACACCCGAGCCGAUGCUGAAUGUCAUCACAGAACUUGCAAAUCUAUUUAUAGACAUCGAAGAUGCAUUUAAUAAACAGACCGUCCUUAAAACUGAUUUCGAAGAAGAUUCAGCUGAACAAAUUAAUGAGAAUUAUAGACGGAGAUCUGGAUAUUUUAAUCGAAUACCAAAAAAUUCUAGAAAUCUUCAAGAAAGCACAGGCUUUGCAGUAACUGAAACGCCUUCAGAUCUUCUUGCAUCUUCCGAUGUAAUUGGUCUGAAUAUUCACACUAAGGAACAUGAAAGCUCUUUAGAUAUGUCUGUACCUCUGCCCAUGACCACGUCUCUAGCACCGGAGUCGUCACCAGUGAAGGAAAUAUUAAAAGACAAAACUUCCGUUUCAAGUUCUAUGGAUGAUACGUCCACAAAACUCGAAGCUAAUUCGGCGUUUGGCAAAUCUGAAGAAACACUUCAAGUAACAGACACCGAUAUUGACGUACAGAAAGAUAAAACUAGGGACGAAGCUCAAGAAUUUUUACUUAAACACCCUCCGGCUAAAGAUGAUCUUGAAAACAGAAUUGAAAGAUUAAGUCAGCUUUAUGAACGUAUUAAGCAAAUUCGAAAUUCUUUAAUUCAUAUAAAAUCAAGAGAAAUGUCACAAAAUUUGACAGCUGUAUCAGAAAGCGUUGCAUCCAAGACAACUGCAAAUGAACCUCAAGGUAUGUUAGAUGAUUUGACCUCUGGAUCCGAAAUGCAUAGGCCCCCGGAAAAGUUUCUCAGACGUUCUGUAUCAAAUUUAAUUGAUCCAUAUGUAUACAAAAUACAAACGACAGAUAAGAAAAAUUCAAAAUUAUCUCAUGAUGGAAGAAAACGAGUGAAAGAUACUAAAACAUUCAAAAAACAAGUUCCAAAAACUAAUCUCCAGUUGGUGUUGGACUCUUAUAUUCCUCAAGAUUCUGAUGUUCAAUUAUAUUAUGAGAAGAAAGAUUUUAUACCGAAUCUUAUUUAUUAUCCAGUUUAUAAACGGCAAGGCGAUAUGUCAAGUGAUGAAAAUGUGGACAUUAAGGAGGCAUCAGAGUCUGAGAAAAUAGACAAUUCGUUGGAAUUAAAAGUAUCUUCUAAUAAAAAGUUCUUAUUAAUGCUGGAACCGUUAAAUCCUCUUAGAGCUCCGUUACGUAUUCAGGAAAGUAGUGCUAAACCGCUGCUUGCUUUUUAUCAUCGUAGUGGUUCUACUGAAUUACCAGAAACAAGCGAUAAACCUGAAAUUAAGCUGCUGCUGCCUGCUUUCUUUUACCCUGGCAAAUCUGCUGAAACAGGAAAAACUAGCGAUGAGCCUGAUAUAAUAUUGGCUUUUGCUUCUAAUGGUAUGCCACUGAAGUUGGGAAUAAGUAAAGACAUAAAAAAUCCCAUUACAUUUCUUAACGACACUUUACGUGAAUCGGAUGUAGCAUUGAACGUACCUGUUGAACUGCACAAAGAUGGUGAAGCUGAACCAGUCGGUGAAGAUGUAUUUGAAGUUGGUAUCGGCGAUGGUGGUGUUAUAGUUCGGCCUCGUUACUUUGAUUUGUCCAACAAUGAAGACUUGGAAGAUCUUCUGAGGACCCUAAAAGAGUUGAAAAUAUCGCAGUCUUCAAGAAAUAAACAAACAGGCAAAUAAGAUCAGGCUUCCUGAAAGGAUUGAUUUUUCGGACUGUCUGGCAGCAGUUACCCUGAAUUUCAAGUCUGUGUCUUGUAAACUGGUGUAUGACCACUUGUAAUUGAUUUAUUUGUUGCACAAUAAAUUUUGUACCGUUAA